AUGGUCAACAGUCGGACGUCGCACUUGCUCACUCGAGCCUUGUCCGCAACCAAAACUUCCACUCCUGCCAUUCGUCACGCGCAAUUGCCGCAAUGUCGCCUGUCGCGUCGCCGACGCGUCGGUCGGCGUCUGCAAUCGUCGUGCCAGGCCAACACCUCGGGUGGUCGGCGCCAGUCCUCGCCGCGAGGCAGUCGCGUGCGGGCUUUUACGAGCGUUGCCCAUGCCUCCGCAGUCAAGGCUUCGGCUUCUGCAGUCGCUGCUGCGGCUGAGGAUGACCUGGACGAUGUUCCCGAGUCGCCAGCAACCGCCACCACCUCUGUUUCUUCGACAACAACCACAACCACAACAACAACAACCACAACAACAACAACAACAACAGCACCCUCCAGUCCUACUCGGAAUCCUGCUUCGGCCACCCCCGCGAAAUCAACAAAGCGGCGAAGCACCGCCGCCGUGGUGGACGCCUCGGCCGAGGAGGUCGCGCCAAAGCCAAAGCGAAAAGCCGCCAAGGCAAAAGCAUCGACUGUCAAGCAGCCAGAGCCGUCCUCGCCCAUUUCAACGCAGACGUCUGCACCAGCAGCGGCACCAGCUGCAGUCGCACCAGCGCCACCACCGGCUGAAGCUGCAAAGGCCCCGGAAAUCCCAGUCAAUCCAAUCCCCGCGCCGCCUUCGAUCGCCAAUUUUGAUGCAUCAGCCACCGAGGCUGCAGCACGCCUGGAGCAAGAGCAUCUGAGCGGCAACAUUGCCGCCGUGGAGGCAAAAAUCGAACAGGCUCGAAAAGUGUUGCUCCAAUCGCACUCGUCAGCUAGGAAUCGUGCCGUCCGCAACGAGGGCGAGGUGGACAUGUUGAUCAAUUCAAAGCACUAUGAUGCAGCCCUGCGACUCUUGCAAACAACCAUCAAGUCGAUGAACCUCACGGAUGCCACGCUGCUCUCGCAAGGCCUCCUCGGUAUUGGCGUGGAGCGCAUUCAAGUAGCAACCCUCAAUCGUCUGAUGGCCGCGUUCGCCACUUCCGACAACUCGGCUGGUGUGUACGACACAUACUUGUUGUUUGGCCAGUCGGACUCUCAGCCCGAUUUUCGCUCGCUCGCAUUGCUCCUCGAUGCCUGCGCCAUGUAA